AUGGACAGAAGGCUCUACACCGCCUGUGCCACCGGCAACAUGCGGCAGUUACAGCAGUUGGCGGCGGUCGAUCUGAACAUCCUCCACCAGCUGGAGCCGUCUUCUGUCAAAACACUAUUGCACGUGGCCGUCGAAUCAGGGCAGCUAGAGAUCGUCCGGUACCUGCUGGCCAACAGACCGGAGCUCGUGGACAAAACUUAUGGGUCACAGAGACUAGCACCUCUACAUUUGGCAGCAAAAAACGGCGAGACGGACAUAAUCCGUGAGAUUCUUGAUAAGAAGCCUAAAGCCACUAAAGAAGUCACCAGCGGUGGCUGGUGGCGAAAACAUCUUCCAUUUAAUGGCGAAGAAUGGUCAGCACGAGGCCUUUAG